AUGGCGGCCGCGCCGCUGCUGGUGCAGCUCAGCCCUGCGCCCGCCACCGGCGAAAAGGCGAUCCUCAAGCUCCAGGCGUAUUUCCAGUCAGGAAAGCGGUCGGGGGGCGGCGAGUGCAACGUGCGGACGGGCCCCAAGCCCGGCACCUACUGGGUGGACUUCUUUAAGGAGCAAGAUAGGAAGAAUGUGGAAGCCCGCACUAAACACAGCUUGGAAUUGGGUGCGAAAUGCCUGGAGAUAGUCAUCCUGCCAGGAGAAGGGGACCCGGGCAAGAGCCAGAUUACAGCACAGGCCUCUGCCAGCUACGCCGAUGUCACUGCCAGCCCUUCCCUGCCCGAGCAGGAGCAGCGGGACAACGAUGGCCAUGGGGCCACAGCAAAGGAACUCCUUACUAAAAAGAUAUUUCUUACAGUAUCUGCUACUUUGAAUACCAGUAUGUUCACUGAAGACCAAAGGGAGAAAAUUACCAUUAUAUGUCCAAACUUAAAGAGAGAAGGAAGCCCUGGGAUGGAUGGCUCUGAGAAAUUGACAGGAGAUUUUACAGAUAUUGAAAAAGCUUAUCACUACUUUGAGGAUAUCCUUGCAGGCAGAGACCCAAGCCAUAAUUUUUCACAUUCUGAAUGUAAGAAUGGUUUGAAAGAUGAAAAUGGUCUGAAUACUGAAGAAAUGAAUGAGUUUCCAGUUGUGACAGCUCUCUACGAGUAUUUUAGUCACACCUGCAAAAAAGAAAUCAAAGAACUACGUGAAAGGUUUGGAGUGUGUAUAAGAAUUAAAGGUCAUUACAAGGAUAGCACAUUAAUAUGCUUAUCUUCUGAUGCUAGUCCUGCAUCGUUACAAGCAGCUAGUGAUUUUUUUAUCACAACUUUUCAGGAAACUACAAGAGGUCUGGAACAGGAAAAAGUUCCCAUAACAAGCAGUUACACAUUAAGGGAGACAGUAGCAAAAUUAAAUGAAAGGUUUGGACGUCUUCUUGCUAAAGAGGAAGGGAAUCAGUUGCUACUCCGUGGUCCACGGAGAGAGAUUUUAGCUGCCAAAAAAUUUUUAGCAGAGGAAGGUGAGAACAGCCAUGUGGAAAUGAAAAUAUCAUCUGAACAGUACAAAUACAGGAAUGGAAUUGAAGUUGAUGCUUCUGUGUUUAAAUUGUUGGAAACCAUAUUAAGCAAAGAAAUCGAAAACAUUAAUGACAAAUUUGAUACACUGAUAGAAAUAAAAGAGAAUUCAUAUGGCCAGAAGGUCAUAAUAUUUAGGCCUAAGCCCAAAGCUUAUGAUAUGUCAUCACAUGCUACUGAAAGUUUCAUCAAUGCAUUUCAGAGUGCCUCUGUAAUGUUAAGAGAAAAAAGCAUCAUCCUGAAGCUUUCAGAAGAUCAGAAGAAAACUUUAUAUAUGCUACUUAAUGGAAAACAAUUCGAAGAUCUUCAUGUAAAACUUAAGAAGAAUGAAGAUAAGUUAAUCAUGAGUGGUUUACCAGACCAUCUUUAUGCUGCUGAAAAGCACAUGAUGGACCUUCUUAACAUUGAAGACUCAACACAAACUAAAAAUAAGGCACUGCUGUCCUCUGACCUCAGCUCUCAAGAAGCUACAGGAGCAUCUAAGAAGAAAUCCAAUGUUAAGCAGAAGAAUAAUCUUUCUUCUGAAGGACAGACUUGGGCAAAGACAGAAGAAAAAGAAGAAGAAAUGUGUGUGAUUUGCAGGGACAGAAUUAAAAAUAAAGAAAUACUGGAAAAGUGCAAACAUGCAUUUUGCAAAAGUUGCAUCGACUUAGCCUUGGCUCAUAAACAAGUUUGUCCUGUUUGUAAUACUGUCUGUGGAGUCCUGAGAGGAAACCAACCAGAGGGAAAAAUGUUCACUACAAAAAUCCGUUCCUCUCUUCCUGGUUAUCCCAAUUGUGACACUAUUCAAAUUGACUAUUAUAUGGAAGGUGGUAUUCAAACUAGCAACCAUCCAAACCCAGGGCAGCAUUAUUUGCCAACUCACCGAACAGCGUAUUUACCUGACAAUAAGGAAGGGCGAGAAAUUCUGGAGCUCCUCAGGAGGGCCUUUAACCAAAAACUGAUUUUCACAGUGGGGCAGUCACAUACUACUGGUGAACAAAGUGUUAUCACGUGGAAUGAUAUUCACCACAAAACUGCCAGAGACGGAGGACCUACCCAUUUUGGUUACCCGGAUCCUUCUUACCUGCAGCGUGUUCGAACAGAAUUGAAAGCAAAAGGAAUCGAAUAAGGAAAUUUAUCAAUUCUCAACUCUUUAAGUGUAAUAACUGAACAUAUAACAGUUAAUUUACCAUUCAAGGACCAAGAAGAGAGAAGUUACUUUGUUCAAUUGCCAUACUUAAACUGCUUGUAUUUCACAGUGUAGUGGUUUGGUAGGGGUUAGCUAAGAAAAGUUAUUUUUUCUCAUCAAACAAUGUAUGUUCUUUUCACAAAUCAUUUACUUCCCUGUAUACAUAGCCUUUACAGAAUUUGGUUCUUAUGAGUAUAGCAUCACUAUUUGUUGCACUUUGUGUAUCUUGCUUUACCAGCAAAUCUGAUCUGCACUUUUCCCCACAACUUUCCAGUCUGAUUGACAAAACCCUUAGAUCCACUACUGGCUUUUAUUACAUGCAGCACUUCUGUUAGCUUUGCAUUAUUGUGUCUGUCAGCAUGGCUGGCAUCAUGUAACCCAUCUAAUCAAAAACUUGUAUGCAGCUGUGACAGUGUUAGCUGUGAUCAAGCUAUGGAUUUCUCCUUCUUUUCCUUUUCAUGGUAGAAAUGGCAAUAGUGAUUUGGGUUUUGCACAUGAAAUUAGUCAUGGAUCCUACCUUAUUUUUAGCUCUGCAGAAGUGCUGAAUGCUGAGAGCUGUGUUGGAGCAAAUGGGAAGUGUAUGUGGCCAUCCCUGAUGAUGGGCUCCUGGUUCUGUGCCUGCCAUUGUGUUUGAGCUUAAAUACAACUUCUAAUUCAGCUUUUCACCUGUAAAACUGUAUUCCUCCCCUUGCAUCCAAUAUAGGUUUAAUUUGUAUCAUGAAGCUACUCUGCAGUGCCUAAAUAACCUGCAAAUUACCUGUGUGGUGGUGUGUCACAUACACAGACAUCAUUUUCAGAGAGUUGAACCAUUUCUUUAAGGCUAUGAGGCACAACUAAUAAAGAAAAUACAAAAAUGCCA